AUGGCCCUUGAGCCGGGCUCUGGCCGACGGUCUGUCUCCCCCGAGAGCUCAGGCCGCGAGUCUCCUCUCCCGCGCCAAUGGAGGAACCAACUCGGCGCCGAAGAGGCGCCGAUCAAGGACAAGCACUACCGUAAAUACGCAUCCGGCAUCGAGCGAGCCCUAUCACUAUUCGAGACGGCCUUGCAAGAAUGGGCAGACUACAUCUCCUUUUUGAACCGCCUCCUAAAGGUUGGCUACCCUCCCUCGUAUCCCGCACUUCAAGCCCGACACCCCUCUACCACGACUAUCCCUUCGAAAGCCAUCGUCGCAAAGCGCCUGUCACAAUGUCUCAACCCCUCCCUGCCAUCGGGUGUGCACCAAAAGGCACUAGAAGUCUACAGCUACAUAUUCGCGACGAUAGGCACCGAUGGCCUUUCCAAAGACCUACCCUUAUACCUUCCGGGGCUAGCCUCCACCCUUUCGUUUGCUUCUCUUUCCGUCCGAUCCCCUUUCCUCGAUCUUCUCGAACGCCACUUCCUCGAUUUGGAUCCCCGAUCGCUCCGACCGGCCAUGAAGUCUGUUGUCCUGGCUCUCUUGCCCGGUCUUGAGGACGAAACGAGCGAAGACUUUGAUCGAACAUUGCGGUUGAUGGACAGUUUCAAGGCCGCGAUUCGCCCCGCGGAAAGCGAAGAACUCGACGGCCUGCAUUCAGCCGGAGACGACUUUUUCUGGCAAUGCUUCUUCUUGGCAUCUAUCACGGGAUCAAGCCGCAGGGCCGGAGCUUUGGCCUACCUUGUGAGAAACCUACCCAAGUUGGGCGGCGAACCGGUCGCCCAAGGGAAAUCUAUCAAGAAUGGUGUCCAGGAAGACGCGCAAUCUGCACAGCUCGCAAAGAUGGUCACCUCACCUGAACCCGGACUGCUUCUGCGCUCGUUUGCUGCCGGCCUUGCAGACGAGCAGCUGCUGAUUCAACGCGGCUUCCUAGACCUCUUGGUCACACAUCUUCCUUUGCACUCGAAGGUCCUGCAAACAAACGUCAAGCCAGGCGAUUUGGAACUCCUUCUCCGUGCGGCAGUGGGUGUCGUGAUUAGGAGGGAUAUGAGUCUCAACAGAAGGCUUUGGGCAUGGUUUCUUGGGCCUGACCCCGCGCCGGGAGAAAGCGAAAGUGGCAUCGAGUCGCCGUCUUCGACAGACCACCAGCAAUCAUAUUUUGCAUCCAAAACCAGCUACUUUGAGGACCAUGGGCUUCAACCUCUGACCCGGGCCCUUUUGGGCAUGAUCAAUGCUGAUCGCGGAUCGAGCCCCGGAGAGAGAGCGAGACCGUACAGAAUUUGCUUGUCGUUGAUGGACCGAUGGGAGAUUGGUGGACUUGUUGUCCCCGAGGUAUUCCUCCCAAUUGUCAAUAGUGUCCGGCAGUACAAGGACCAAGCGCCCAGCAAGGCCGACUUCAACGAGGUAUUCCGCAGCGCAAGUGUGUUCUUCGAUGGCGUUGAGAGUGGUCUGAUCUACGGCGAGAUCGUCAGUCUGCUAGCGCAAGCUAUAGGGCCAGGAACCUUGUCGGAUAAGGAGCGUCUCGACAAGCUCGACUUGGUCAACUUCAUUUUGGCGAAUUUUAACGUUCGCGAGGAAGAGAUGAUCACGAUCCAUGCACCACUUGCUGCCCUUUCCAUUCUCUGCAUGCUCGAGGAAACGAGAGAGAAGCAGCAAACGGGCUCUCCUCGGAAGGGCUUACAAAAGACCGCCGAGGAAGCAUUGCGCAUCUCCCUGAUCAUCCUGGAUCUCAUUCCGGAUCGAGCGUUUCCCUCAUCCACAGCCAGUAAAGCCAAGAGAACAAUGGAGGCCGGUGUCUUGGUGUCGUUGCCUGCAGUUGAACUCUUGAAGCGAAUCAAGGCAUUCUACGUCGAUGAACAGGGUAAUCUUGAUGCAGUUCAUGUUCCCCUUUCUCCCAUCGAGGUUGGCGAGCUUCUGUUGCAAAAGACAGGCCAGCUCGUCUGCGAAGGAUUGAUGAACCCCGAGUCAGGGACAGACUUGGGGUCCAAAGGAAGGAUCCUGACCACUCUGCUACUCAAAGUGCCGACUACUUACCACCUGGAUACGGCGUACCUUUUGACCUGUCUUCACGAGCGCUUGCGGCACUCUGACAGGUUGUCGUUUACCUCUUUCAACUCCAUCCUCUAUCUCUCUGCUCACCUCUACUCUGCAGAGAGGAUAGAAUUGCCGGACCUCACUGAACUUGUCAGUCCGCUUGUUCUUCAGGCCUGGGAGUUCUUAUCGGCUUCGGAGCCGAAGUACCACGUCGAAACGGUUAGAUCGUUAUGGCAGCUCCAGACUGCCCUUACCUCGCAGAAUCGUGAUAUAGAGGCUGCGCUCGCCAGCCUAAUUAUCGAGAAUGAUGUCCAGGGAUCAUUCGCGUCGCGCCCAGCUGACGUUGGUCGCCGCUUCAGCGUGUUGUGGUCCCAUACCCUACAAGAUUCUAACGCCGAAAGACGAGGCUCUAAAACGCCUAUGAUUGAGAAACCCCCUCAAAUUCGACUGGCUGGUUCAGAAAACUACGAAGUCAUGUUGACGCGGCCUCUCUUUCUCAUGCUAGAUGCUCUCUUGGAUGAGCGGACCCAGUUGUUCAUGACUGUUAAGGCGUGGCUGAACAGCUUGGUAGGCAUCGACAAAUCUACUCGUGUUAUUGGCUCAGCCGCCGCUUCAGCCAGUUCAACCACAUUCACGGCCGAUGAUGACCUAGACCUCUGCCUCUACUACCUUAGAACGUUGUCCAACGUUUUCCGUUGGGCCCCGGAUGCAAUAUGGGCUGUUUUGGCAUCGACAAGUCUUACAGUCGAUAGCGAGCAUGCGGAGAUCGCACAGAUGAAAGCCGGCCACGAAGGCGAUAUCACCAUGCAAGAGGUAUUCGUCCAUGUCUGUUUAAGGUGCAUUGCCGGAAACAACGAGCCUGCAGAUGAGCAUAUCCGCGUUCGGGCCACACAACUCCAUCGCUAUGCCCUCACCGUUAUGCACCAGAUCCUCCUGAACCCUUACGCCGAGCCCCUUGCUAGUUUGCAUCUUGAGAACGUCCUGAUCGAGCGUCUUCUUCAAUCUCUCAGCGGUCCUGAUCCUUACGUUCAGGUUCUACUUUUGGACGUCGUAUUCGAUGCAUUGAAACUUCGAGACAUGAUCAUCUCAGACGCUCCUGCUUCUCCAUCAUCAGAGAAGAGGAAGAUGAGCCUUGACCCCACCAAGAGCCUCAGAGUGUCGACGCAAUUGGAGACGAAACCGACAGCUCCGCCGGCCAACCUACUCAAGUGUCUCCAGGCCGGAUUAAGUUCACCUAGCAGUCGUAGUGUUCUCGACAGUUGGGUCAGUUUCUUGACAGAGUGCUUGCCCUUCUACUCGGAUACCAUAUUCCAAGUCCUUAUCCCUCUGGUGGAAACACUUUGUCGACAGGUUUCCAAUACCUUUACCGACUUGCAGUCCAUUUUCAGAGAAAGCGGCAGUUCUAGGAAGGAUGACUGGAACGCGCCAGAGUCAACACUGAUCUCUCUGCUCAACGCUUUGGAGCAAGUUUUGGCCCGGGCACACGAGCGACUCCUGGUUGAAGAGGCCAGAACGCAAGUUGUCAAGGGCCCCGAUCAACAUCCAGGGUUCUUCGGGAACAUGGUGUCAGGUGUCUUCAACUCAGACGCGCCACAGACCCGUAGUGCCACUGCAAACGACAGACUCACCGUACACCUUGCAUUCGCAGAUGCAGUUCGUAUUUGCUUUACUAUCUGGUCAUGGGGCCAAGGCAGCGACGCGAAUGCUCAAGACAUGACUUCCGUUUCCUCUUUCAACUACACAUCACUUCGUAUGAGAAACAGGGCUAGACGACUACUGGAGCAUCUCUUCGCUGCUGAGACUUUGGAGUGUCUCGAAACGGUCAUUGACAUCUGGCGAAGCUCUAUCAACAUUACUACGCCGGCGCCUCAGUCUGAAGUGUUUAACCUGCUCCCGGCUUUAGACGGCUCUCGGCCCAAGCACACCAUUCCUGCCAUAUUCAACGCCAUCUACAGCAGGACAAACCCUGGGGCGUUGGACGCUUCAAGGAAGUCGACUUUGACGACAUCUCUUCAAGAUAUCGACCUUGUCACGUUCUUGGUUGAGUAUGCUCGCUCGCUUGAAGACGACGCGAUGGACGAGAUAUGGCUUGAUUGCAUGGCAUUCUUGCGUGACCUGCUCACAAACCCUUUCCCGCACCGACAGACAUUGCCAAGUCUGCUAGAAUUCGCUGCUAUCCUCGGAGAAAAGGUGGACAACACCAAUUUCGGCGAGCAGCGAAAGAUGAGGCGAGAGCUUGGAGACCUCUUCCUCCGGCUUCUCACCGCAAUCUUCACCACCAAGCCCAUGACAUAUGCGGAUGCACCGUCUUACGAAAAGUCAGAGAAGAAUCGGGAUGGCAUCCGCCGCACCACCACGAUAUCUUUGACUACCGUUCUUGAUAGAGCCGAGGAUGUAGUUGCUAUCUUGGCCUCGAUUGUUCCAAACCUUCCCAAGAUCUUGGUCGAAACGGACCGUGUGUUGUCUGCCGCGGGCACUAUAUCGACAAACGUCAUCAGCCCGGCAUUUAGAGCCAAAGCGUUCCCUGAUACCGUGUCCAAGAACACUCUUGUGCUCCUUCAGGAACUCUCCAGGUUACCCAACAACCAGAAAACCUGGAAGAAGGAUGUUGGAGAUGCUUUCAACGACGCUAGGUUCUUCAGCUCAAGCAUCGACUUGGUGCGAAGCGACUGGUUGCCGUUACUUAGACAGUGGACUGUCAGCGACAAGGAACGCAUGCCUGAGCUGCUGAGCCGCAUGACACCACCCACAACUGCCGGUAUUGUGUUCGGUGUCGGUGCCACUUCUGCUCGUCUAGAAGCAGACCGAAGGACGCAGCUUAACCUCCGUCGCACUGCCACGCUCAUCCUCGCCUCGAGUGAAGAUGCUUUUGUUGGAGAACUGCCGACCAUCUUGGACAAGGUUGUAGAGCUACUCGGGGCCACGGCAACUUCUUCGCCAUCUUCCACCACGCGGGCAGAAAUCUACAUGCUCGUCCGCGCACUGGUACUCAAGACGAGUGCUAUUCAUCUGGCCAUGAUGUGGCCGGUCAUCAAUGCCGAGCUCCAUGCAGCCAUCUCAUCGGUCGUGGCUGCUGAUCACAGCUCCGCAUCCGACACCUACAACAAUAUCUCCAUUCUUCAGGCCUGUAAGUUACUGGACUUGCUUAUCUGUGUUGCGCCAGACGACUUCCAGCUCCACGAGUGGCUCUUUGUCACAGACACUAUCGAAGCCGUCUAUCGAUCCACAAACUACCAGCCCGUCGCUUUGGUUGACGAACUUGCGGAGGAGCUUGGCACCAUGGGUGUCAGCUCGUCAUUAGGGAGCAUCUCAGCGGCUCACUUGGCCAUGAGUAGCUCGCACAGACGGCCGUUGCUCGGGGCGGGAGGCAUCAACGACGAAGUCAGCAUCGAAAGGAAAGACGAGCUGGUGGGCAAGAUCCUGCGUCCGUUUUUCGGGCAGCUUAGCAUCUUCGCUUUCGAGUCGACGUACGCGAUGGCACCACUGGACCGGGAGUUUUGCAUUCAUGGGCUACUGAAGGAUUUGUUCGACGAACGUAGCGUGGUUAAGGCGUUGUAA